AUGGCGCCUGAAGUACUUCAGCAAUUUGCCGUAGGAGGAGGACCAUUUCCAGUAACCAAGAUGCAGGACCCCAAAGAAAAGUUUUACCGCCACUUCCAGGACGAGGUUGCCAUUCUCCAGGAACAAAUCAACGGCAUCGGUUCCGUGGCUCAGGUUGGCGGUGAGAGGCAAGAUGCCAUUGACCACGUCCUAGCCGGCAUUUCGAACCUCUCCAACGAGGUCGCCGACGCCUCCGACUAUGUUCCCUCGUACGACUUGCGCAACUAUGCCCAGGCCGUCAAAGCUCUCACAGACAAGCUGAACGAGACGACGACGAAACUCGCCCCUCGUUCGCGCUUCCAGUUCAAGCCGCGGGGUGCCAGCGCAGCGACCAGCGACCUGGCUGCUCCUAAGAACGACCCGCGCCUCCUCGUCGGGAGCUCCCUCGCCGACCCCUUGCCCGCGUCCCGCGGCGGGCCCGUCGUCGCCGCGGACCUGUCGACCGAGAACGACGACGACCUUGGCGAUCUGCCGUCCUUCUCCAAGAACUACAACGAGGAGAUGGCGCGCCCGAGCGCCACCAAGGUGCGCAAGCCCAGCUUUUCCACCGCCAAGGACAUCGCCAUCUUCGGCCAGGAGGGCCUGCACAUCAUUUUGCCCUCGUCAGCAUCGAGGGCGACGUCGUCCGGCCGCCUGACGGACCUGAAGGGCUGCGUCGUCGACAUGUCCCUGGCGCUGUCCGGCACCACCUCGUUCGCGAACCUGGCGCUCAAGAACAUCGAGCGGAGCCUGAUCGUUGCCGGCAACGUCGCUGGGCCGGCGCAUAUAACCGGCGUCUCGGACAGCAUCAUCGUCGUCUCGGCGCGGCAGGUGCGCAUCCACGAGUGCAGAAACGUCGACAUCUACCUGCACUGCUCAAGCCAUCCCAUCAUCGAGGACUGCUCGAACAUGCGCUUCGCGCCGCUGCCGGCCAGCUUUGACACCCCGGAGGACCCUGUCAAGAACCAGUGGGACCAGGUCGACGAUUUCAAGUGGCUCAAGUCGGAGCCUAGUCCGAACUGGGGCGUGCUGCCGGAAGAGCAGAGGCUGGCGGAAGAGAUCUGGACUAAAGUUGUGCCGGGGGAGCGCGGCAAGGACCUGCAAGAUAUCCUCAAGGCCGUGGGUGUCCAGAAGCAGUGA